AUGGCAUCCUCGAAGCGCAAGUUUGAUGACGGCGACUCCAACUGGGAGGUUACACAAGUAGUGAAACCGCCCAAAGUCACUGCAGAAACAGCGGCAGCCGAAUUGCAAGAAGAUCGCGGUAACUAUGGAAGUAGGGCUUCUCAGCGCCCCAGGCGAGCAAGGAAACGCCCAGAAAGGUUCGCCGAUCAAUUGUAUCAACCUGUCUCCAAGAAAAAAGAGACGCCAAAACGAGUCACGAAACCGCUGAUAAAACCUCCUUCGAAACGGUCAUUGGCUACGAAGAAUUCUACAAGCCGGCGAUCGUGGAUUGAGCCUCAUGCGGUAACUGAUACUGUCGUUAACAUCGUCGAUGACUCGCCGGGACUACCAGCAAGGUUGUCCAAGAUAGUCCGCCUGAAGAUUCCGCUUACAGGCUCGACACUCGCUAUACCUACAAAUCAACCGAGGCAACAAUACAGCGACGAGUCCGAGAGUGAGCUGUCGUCCCCACCAGCAUCGUUGCCCUCGAGUCCUGUCUUUUCCUACAAGAAUAUACAGAACUCGCCUCCGCUGGACAGACGAGGCCAAUGUGCUCAGCGUACACCAGAACCUGUACCUGCAUCUAGUCAAGAUGUUGCAACCCCAUCUACUGCACCAGAAAACCCUCUCACUAGCCAAGCGACUGUAUCACAACAUCGUGAGCCGAAGACACCCGAAGAAAGUAUCCGUGGUACCCCAGCGUUUGUCCAUCAUACGCAAACUCAAUCUUCGCCGGGUUCGCCCGAGAUCCACGAUCGCUUCACCUACCUGACACCCGACUCGGCAUUCUACCGCGACGCGAAUACUGUAUACAGCAAGUUGGACGUUGGGCUUGAAAAUGGCCAAGUGCACAACCAGAUUGAGAUGUCAUGUCGUGGUAAGACCGAGCCACUUCCGAGUUUGUAUGCGGCAUCGGAAGCAACAACGGAGUGCGAAGAACUGAGUGGCCCUCUCGUUGGAGAACAAGUCUAUACAUCCGACACCGACUACCUCCGUGAUAUAACCGAGCGGCUCCUUGUCCAACAGAACAAAGGUCCAAACAAGCCAGAGCCAUACGGACAACCGGAAGUAUGGGCAGAUGGACGACAAGAGCUUUGCGAGACACUACAUUACUAUCGCGCAUAUCAAAGUGCCUGCUACUCUACCGGUGGUUUUGCGAGAGGCUUUAUGUUCGAUAAGGUUGCGCAUAAUCGAGACUACAUGGACAGUAAUGUCGUCCUCUCCAGAGCAGGUGGUGGUCUCAUGAAAGACAUAGACUCUGGUGAGAUGAAGUCGAAAAGGGAUCAAUCAGAAGAUUCUGCUGCUUUGGGAUUGAGGAAUUGCAUGAUCCACCGCAACCCAGUCGUUAUUAUUACUGGAGUUGACAGCCCAAAUAUCCCAUCGAAGCCACCGCACCAGUACUGUGUUCUGGAUUACUUCAAACCCACCCACGUCUGGGCUGAAAAGAGUGGUGACAGCAAGAUUGUGCGGUACCGAUUCGAGAAGUUGAACACGAAGAAAGAGUCUUGGUGGCGGGCGAAGGAUGCGCAGGAAGUGAUAGAGCUCGGCUCACUGCCAUCUCCAGUCGAGAAGGUAUGUGGAAGCUGCAAUCUUCAGUCUCCACAGGUGUAUCUAAAUGGGUGGAUGUGUCUACAGUCGGCAUGCACCGCUUUUUGGAAAAUUUACACUAACACAGCCGAACCUGGAAGAAGUAUGCCAGCACAGGAGCCCAAAGAAGCGUCCUUGGUAUACGAUCCGCGCUUCCUCAAGCAGAAGACACCUUGGCACAAUGACGAUCAUGACUACCCUCUAGCAUCCAAUGCCGCUGAACUGUCUAGGCACGCUGUUCCAGCGCACAUGGUUGCUAACAAGACUGUUCUUGAAGAAGACGGCGGACCAGACGCGAUGUUUGAGGAACUCCAACAAACAGAUAUUGGGCUACAGCGCCGAUCUAUGCCUAAUGGCCAGCUGAAGGGACCCAACUACUGCCGUCACUUCGCUGUCAACUACGGUAUGCCGUACAAGUUCAUCGCAGCUACAGCAUCUCGCCCCUUUGAUGGAGCAGCUCGCCCAAUAACAAGCACCCGUAGUCGACUGAACUGGGCCGCUAAACUGCUUCUAGCAGAGGAGAAUGGCAAGAGCAUGGACGAAGUUUGCCAAGAGUGGCAAGAGAAGGAGUUCAAUGAGGUCCUGGCGUCAGGGUACUUCGAAGAGCAGAAGAUCAAUUACCAUGAUGACGGCGAGUUCGGUCUCGGCCCGACUAUUGCGACAUUAAGUUUGGGGGCACCAGGGACAAUGCGGAUCCGAAUGAAAGCACGUCACUAUCAUGGCGUGUCUUCUGUCGCUCGUCUCGCGCUACAACUUGCUCUUGACGUCCUCAAAAGAUCAGACACCAAGGCAUGGAACACGAGGAGGAAGCAGAUUCCCAAGCAAUUGGGGCUCACUCACAGAGGCACUGCGAGAGAUGUGCUGACCAUGCAGCUCGGACAUGGCGAUAUCGUCGUCAUGCACGGUGCGGAUGUACAGAAAUACUAUGAGCAUGCUGUUGAACAUGCGGGUAAGCUGCGGUUUGCGCUUACAUGCCGGUACAUUGAUCCCGAGUCGCUGAAGCCCGAGGACCAACCGAAGUACGCGGUUGGAUCCGAUGCAGAAGGAUACGAUGGGUCAGGAUUGAUGUGA